AUGUCCUUCUCUACCUGCUGUCUCAAAACCUUCAAAUGGAACGGCACCCCAACAGGCCAAAUCGGCACCCUCGCCAAUAACCAAGCCUACAUCGCCAGCCCUACCACAACGAACCCUAAUAAUAAUCCCAAAUCCACGACUGCAAUCCUAAUAGUCCACGACCUCCUCGGCUGGACAUUCCCCAACGCCCGCCUCCUCGCAGACCACUACGCCUCCGAAGCAAACGCAACAGUCUACAUCCCCGACUUCUUCGGCGACGAGGUCCUCCCCUUCGAGCCCUUACUCGCGGGCCGGUUCCACGAGGUUGAUCUACCGGCGUUUAGGGCGAGGAACGCCCGGGAGAUCCGGGAGCCGGAGAUUUUUAAAUGCGCCCGGGCGCUGCGUGGAAAGUACGAUGUUGUUGUUGCUGUCGGGUUCUGUUAUGGCGGCUGGGCGGUUUUUAGACUUGGGGCGCAGCAGUAUAUCAAUCAUGAUGGGAUAGAGGGGAGACCGAGAGCGCUUGUUGAUGCUAUCACGGCGGCACAUCCUAGUCUUCUAACGAAGGAGGAUAUCGAUGGGGUUACGGUGCCUGUGCAGAUUCUGGCGCCGGAGCUAGAUCCGAUAUUUACGCCGGAGUUGAAGGGGUAUACGUUUGAGUCGUUGCAGAGGAGAGGGGUACCGUUUGACUGGCAGCAUUUUCCGGGCGUUGAGCAUGCGUGUAUGACGCGGGGAGAUGAGAAUAAGCCUGGUGAGAGGAGGGCGCUGGAGACGGGGAAGAAUGCAGCUGUUGCGUGGGUGAAGCAGGUUGAGAUAUCCGUUGAGCAAUCUUAG